GGUUUGGACUGGUAUCGGAAACAACCUCCGCCGACCUUCCUUUCAUUCCUGUAAUCCGUCUGCGUUGGGUGUGCUCCGUAGCUAGCCUCGGCACACAUUUUAUUAUUAUGAAACAAACCAAAAGCUAGAGCGCACACGCAGACAUAUUUUUAUAAGAAAAAAAAAAAGAAAAAAAAAUCGGUGAAGCAGGAUUUCAUUUGCCAACUCAAGAGGGGAAGAAGAAGAAGAAGCUCAAAAAAAACGCAACGAGAAGGACGCUAACGUUAAAGAUAACCGCCAUUACGGAACGCGUGGGUAUAGCUCUAUUCGCCCGUGUCACGCACGUUUCUGCUCGCGGAAUUACUCCUUUCAUAUUGUUUUAGAUAAAGAUAAGUCACGGAGCUUGGGAAGCUUACGGACGAUUUAAUUUGACUAAGGCGGCAACGAGCAACUAGGCCGCGCUUCGAUAGCUUGCUAGCUCAGCCCACGUUGUCACCUCCUGGACUUUAACGUUAGGGGCGGGUAUUCGGUGACGACGGGACAUAGACGGUAACAUUCUUUUUGAAGACUGUAUUCUCUCCCCCCCCCCCCCUAAACAUUUCACAGAGAAACUCGUCAUUACGCGUCUUUAGUGUCUGAACACGCGUCGACAUGAACCCCAGCGCUCCUAGCUACCCCAUGGCCUCCCUCUAUGUGGGAGACCUCCACCCAGACGUGACCGAAGCCAUGCUCUACGAGAAAUUCAGCCCGGCCGGGCCUAUCCUAUCUAUCCGGGUGUGCAGAGACAUGAUUACCCGUCGGUCGCUCGGCUACGCCUAUGUGAACUUCCAGCAGCCCGCUGAUGCUGAGAGAGCCCUGGACACCAUGAAUUUUGAUGUGAUCAAAGGCAGACCACUACGCAUCAUGUGGUCUCAGCGGGACCCCUCCCUUAGGAAGAGCGGAGUGGGCAACAUUUUCAUUAAAAACCUUGACAAGUCUAUUGAUAAUAAGGCACUCUAUGACACCUUCUCAGCGUUUGGAAACAUCCUGUCCUGCAAGGUGGUUUGUGAUGAAAAUGGCUCAAAGGGUUAUGGCUUUGUGCACUUUGAGACCCAUGAGGCGGCUGAGCGGGCCAUUGAAAAAAUGAAUGGCAUGUUGCUCAAUGACAGAAAAGUGUUUGUUGGACGCUUCAAAUCACGUAAAGAGAGGGAAGCAGAGCUUGGGGCCCGUGCUAGAGAAUUCACCAAUGUUUAUAUCAAGAAUUUUGGGGAGGACAUGGAUGAUGAAAAGCUAAAGGAGUUGUUUGGAAAAUAUGGACCAGCUCUCAGUAUCCGGGUUAUGACUGACGAGAGUGGAAAAUCCAAAGGAUUUGGCUUUGUCAGUUUUGAGCGACACGAAGAUGCACAAAAGGCUGUGGAUGACAUGAAUGGUAAAGAACUAAAUGGCAGGCAAGUUUACGUGGGCCGUGCACAGAAAAAAGGAGAGCGCCAGAAUGAGCUCAAACGCAAAUUUGAGCAGAUGAAACAGGAUCGCAUGACCAGAUACCAGGGUGUCAACUUGUAUGUGAAAAACCUUGACGAUGGCCUUGAUGAUGAGCGUCUGCGCAAAGAAUUUUCUCCUUUUGGAACAAUAACAAGUGCAAAGGUUAUGAUGGAGGGUGGCCGCAGCAAAGGCUUUGGAUUUGUGUGCUUUUCUUCUCCAGAAGAGGCCACCAAAGCUGUAACCGAGAUGAAUGGUCGUAUUGUUGCCACUAAACCAUUAUAUGUGGCCCUGGCUCAACGCAAAGAAGAGCGCCAGGCCCAUCUAACCAAUCAAUACAUGCAGAGGAUGGCUACUGUCCGUGCUGUGCCCAACCCUGUUCUUAACCCAUACCAGCCCGCUCCACCUUCUGGCUACUUCAUGGCGGCGAUACCUCAGGCCCAAAACCGUGCUGCAUAUUACUCUGCCAACCAGCUUGCCCAGCUGCGUCCCAGCCCUCGAUGGGCCGCUCAGGGAGUGCGUCCACAACACUUCCAGAACAUGCCCAAUGCAAUGCGCCCGUCAGGUCCAAGGCCCCAGACUUACAGCGCAAUCCGUCCCACCGCAACCGCCAACGCCCAGGUCCCACGGAUGAUGGCCUCUCAACGCAUGCCCACCCAGACCCUCAGCCAGCGCCCUGCCAGCGCGUCGGCCACUGCCGCUCCAGUGCGUCCGAUGCCCCACUACAAAUACGCUGCCGGAGUCCGCAACCCUCAGCAGCACAUGGCUUCCCAGCCACAAGUCAACAUGCAGCAGCCUGCAGUUCAUGUCCAAGGACAGGCGCCCCUGACUGCAUCCAUGCUGGCUGAUGCCCCUCCUCAGGAACAGAAACAAAUGCUCGGUGAGCGACUGUUCCCUCUGAUUCAGAACAUGCACCCGAGUCUGGCGGGCAAGAUCACUGGCAUGCUGCUGGAGAUUGACAACUCUGAGCUUCUUCACAUGCUCGAAUCGCCUGAAUCCCUGCGCUCAAAGGUGGAUGAGGCUGUUGCUGUGCUCCAGGCCCACCAGGCCAAAGAGGCUGCACAGAAGUCAACCACGCCUGCUGGUGUUCCCAGCGUCUAAGAUUGAGCAUUUUGAAACCUGCUUCACCGAUGGAAAAAGAUAAAAAAAUUUAAACAUUGAAAAAUCCAAAACACUGAAAACAUUGCAAAAUGAUAAAUUUUUUCUUAAAAAAAGAAAACUAUUUACUCUGCCAGGUCUAGGAAUGGUUUGACUAGACCUUGAUCAUAAACAAAAAAAGUCCUUAAAAAAAAAAAGCAAAAAGUUAAAAUUCAAUUAUAAAUUUGAAUGCAUUCCUCUGUUUUGUCAUUUUAUUGUGUCGAUGCCAUGGGAUAGAAUAUCAGCCAUGGUACAGGAUGGAGGUGUCCAAGCAUUUUGAAGGUUUAUAGUUAACUGAUGGCUAAUAAAUUGUUAAAUAUA